AUGUCAUUUAAUGAUCAACCUGAUGACAAUCUUUACAUGGACUCUAGAGCUACCAACCAUAUGGUACAAUUUGCAGGUACUCUAAUAAAUCCAUCUCCUUUUAAGGGAAAUGACUCUGUAAUGGUAGGAAAUGGUGAUAAACUUUCUAUCACACAUAUAGGUAAUAAGAAUAUUGGGAGGAACCUGUACCUAAAAGAUGAUUUUGUUGUGCCUAAACUCAAGAAGAACCUCAUUUCUGUUAGUAAAUUUGUCAAGGAUAAUGCAUGUUCUUUGGAAUUUACUGACGAAGAUUUUAUUGUUAAGGACAAGAAAACGAGAAUCACUCUGGCAAAGGGAAAUAAAAGGAAUGAUCUAUACACGUUGGAGGGAAACUUACAUGAAGCACUGGCAAUUACAAAGAUUGAGAAGAAUUCAUAUACGAUCUGUUGUCAGAUGGGUAAAAGUUGUAAGUUAUCUUUCCCAGUAUCAAAUAAAAGAGAGAUUGCGCCAUUAACGAAAAUUCAUUAUGAUUUAUGGGGACCAGCCCCUGUGGCUUCUUCUCAAGGAAUUAAAUAUUAUGCUAUAUUUGUUGAUGAUUGCUACAGUCUUCUUCGCAAAGGUUACAUAUGCUAUCACCCUCAAUCAAGGAAGGUUUUUAUCUCACGGCAUGUUAUAUUUGAUGAACUUCACUUACCAUAUCUAUCUCCUACUACUGAUUUGAAUGUUGACUCUAGUUCAUCGCAUUUUACCACUUUCCGAGAGUUCUUUAACUCAGUUGCUGCUCCAUCCUCUUUUGAGGAGAAUGUGAACGAUGAACAACCUCAACUGGGUGUAUCUGCUUUGCCAUCAUUAUUCAAAACCUUGCCUGCUUGUACAACUGAGCACUUGGACGUUCCAACUCAUUCAAAUCAACAAGACCAAAGUCCAUUGGCUUUAGCUCCAAUUUCUCCACAAAGUACAGGUUCAUUUUCGUCCACUUCAACUAGCCAUUCCACUACCUCAUCAUCCAAUUCAUCACACCUUGACAUCUCAAAUACACCAGGUAUAGAACUUUUUGUUGACUUACCUCCCAUUCCUUGUACCACAAAUUUACAAGUUAAUUCUCAUCCCAAACCUAUGCCACCAUCUCGACCCCAAAACCCAUCAAAUACCCAUCAUAUGCUCACACGAGCAAAAACUAGUUUAAUACAUAAUCCUACCUUUGAAGUUCUUACAGCGACCACGAUGCUAGACACAAAAGAACCAAAUACCAUCAAAGAUACAUUGUCUCGACCUCACUGGGUAUCAACUAUGCAUGAGGAGCUUCAAGCCUUGCGUAAAAAUAAAGCUUGGGUUCUAGUUCUUCGUCAGCCGCACAUGAACUUUAUUGGGUCCAAAUGCGUGUUCAAGACCAAACUAAAAGCCGAUGGGUCUGUGGAACGUUUCAAAGCGCGACUUGUUGCUAAAGGUUAUAAUCAAAUCGAAGGAGUCGAUUUUGAAGACACAUUCAGUCCGGUGAUAAAGGAAACAAUUGUCCGCAUUGUUUUCUCCAUUGCAACUACUCUCAAUUGGCCCAUUCGACAACUCGAUGUGAAAAAUGCUUUUUUACAUGGAGACUUGAAGGAAAUUGUGUUCAUGGAGCAGCCCCCGGGGUUUAAAGAUCUAAUUUUUCCACACCAUGUUUGUCGGCUAAAGAAAGCUUUUUAUGGACUCAAACAAGCGCCCAAGAUUGGGCUGGCUGCCCACUUUCUCGCAGGUCCACAUCAAGUCUGUGUUUUCCUAGGUUUGAAUUGCAUAUCUUGGUCCUCUAGAAAGCAAAACACAGUUGCAAAAUCCAGCGCCGAAGCUGAAUACAGGUCCUUGGCCUCUCUUCCUGCUGAAGUUACGUGGGUUACCUACAUUUUGAAGAAUAUUGUCAUUUCUCUAUCUCAGCCUCCAGUAUUGUUUACUGACAACAUCAAUGCAUUACAUCUCACAGCUAAUCCAGUCUUACAUGCUCGCAUCAAACAUGUUGAACUUGAUUAUCACUUUGUCCGGGAAAAAGUUGUCCAAAGAGCUAUGGUGACAAAGUUCAUUCCUUCCAUGUCUCAGACAGUGCCUAGAGUUACAGUUGGAAUAUUCUACGUAGCUAAACCUAUGUUUGAAGGAGUCCUUCAUGAAGUUGUAUAA